AUCAGAAAACGAAACUGAAAGUGGAUGAAAACUUAAACACUGGUCCUCACGGCAGAAGAGGUCAUACGAGGACGAGUGUGGCUGUAAAAUGGCAGGCAACACAGAAACAGUCCUGCGUAAAGCUGGUACUCUGAUAGCAGCAGCCUGCGUGGACCUGUCCUUAUUUUACGCAUCGGGAUGUCAAGUGUCUCUCGCCUUUGGGCAUCUUGCGCGUCUCUGGGUUUCCGCGGCUCUCCGGUGUUUUGCACUAACUUCCGUGACCCUCCUCGGUCUCGGGGUCCCCAAACCGCUGCUGAUUCGUGUUAUAGUGGCGCACAGUCUACUGCCGGCUGUGCUUGAGACCGGGACCAAAGUGCUUUAUAAUGAGGAGACACAAUGCGGCGUGUUGGCGGACAUGCGCUGCUGGCUGUUGUGCGCCGGAGCGUCGCUGGCUGCUGCCUUGUUUUGGGAAACAACCAUCCCGGACACUGAUGAUGCAGCCGACGGUAAAGAGAAGCAAAAAGCCAGAGUUCUGCUUCUGAGGGUCCUGUACCUGUACAGACCCGACUAUCUACGGCUGAUAGGAGGAGUUGUGUUCCUAACGCUGGCUGUUCUUUGUGAGAUGUUCAUCCCGUUCUACACUGGAAGAGUCAUCGACAUCCUGGGCAGUCAGUACCAGCACACUGCAUUCAAAUCUGCACUGCUCUAUAUGGGCCUCUUCUCUCUGGGAAGCUCUGUGAGUGCAGGCUGCAGAGGGGGCCUCUUACUUUCUGCCAUCAGCGCCUUCACAUGCAGGGUGAAAGUCAAACUGUUCGGGGCUUUGACCAAACAGGAAAUUGGAUUCUUUGAGACUGUAAAGACAGGUGAAAUCACAGCCAGGUUAUCUAGAGACACUAACCUGAUGGGAAGAACAGUGUGCCUGAAUGUCAAUGUGCUGCUGAGGACAUUCAUCAAAACCAUGGGCAUGAUCUCUCUGAUGAUGAAUCUUUCAUGGAAGCUCACGUUUCUCGUUUUGAUGGAGACGCCAUUAACAGGUCUCAUCCAGGUCAUCUAUGACACACACUACCAGCGGUUGUCUCUCGCAGUGCAGGAUUCAAUUGCCCGGGCAAAUGAAGCUGUCAAUGAGGCAGUGUCCGGUAUUCGCGUUGUUCGGAGCUUUAACACAGAGAAACAUGAGGCUGGUCGAUAUGACAACUGUCUGAUGGACACACACAGGCUCAAGACCAAACGAGACAUUAUCAGUGCUGUUUAUCUGCUCGCACGGCGGGUGACAGGGUUGGGCAUGCAGGUCUUCAUCUUGUACUACGGUAGGCUGUUUAUCCAGGGUGGACAGAUGACGACUGGAAACCUGGUUUCCUUCCUGCUGUACCAGUCAGACCUUGGAGACAACAUCAGGACCCUCACCUACAUCUUCGGUGACAUGCUGAACUCAGUGGGGGCUGCAGGGAAAGUGUUUGAAUACCUGGACCGGAAACCGCAGGUGAGCACAGAGGGCACGCUCAAACCUGAUCAGCUGAGAGGAAACGUCAGCUUCUGUGGUGUCAACUUCGCCUAUCCUGCUUGCCCCAACAAAAAAGUGCUUCAGGACUUGUCAUUGGAGCUAAAGUCGGGUCAGAUGACGGCACUUGUGGGUCCAUCUGGAGAUGGAAAAAGCACCUGUGUGAGUCUGCUGGAGCGAUUCUAUGAGCCACAGGAUGGAGAAAUCCUACUGGACAAUGAACCACUGAAAUCAUAUGAGCACCGUUUCCUCCACAAGAAGAUUGCUGUGGUGAACCAGGAACCCGUGCUCUUCUCUGGCUCCAUCAGAGACAACAUUGCCUACGGACUUGCUGACUGCUCAUUGGAUGAAAUCCAGGAAGCAGCUCGUAAAGCCAACGCCCAUGACUUCAUCAUGCAGUUGGAGAAAGGCUACGAUACAGAGGUGGGCGAAGGUGGCGGACAGUUAUCCAAGAGUGAGAAACAGCAGAUCGCCAUAGCUCGAGCUUUGGUCAGACAGCCACAGGUCCUCAUUCUGGAUGAAAUAACCAGCUCACUGGACACAGAGAGUGAAAAUAAGGUUCAGCAGGCUUUGGCUAACUGUCCCAACCAGACCCUGCUGGUGAUCGCUCACAGGCUCAAGACCAUCGAAAAGGCAGAUCAGAUUGUUUUUAUCGGUAAGGGCAGAGUUCAGGAGCGAGGGACUCACCAGGAGCUGAUGGACAUGAAGGGGGGCUACUUCAAACACAAAGAGAUGGAGACUCACCGCAGUGAUAGCUGAUGCUCUGUAUGAUGAUGGAACAUGACUCAGUAACCUGGUAAACAGUAUGAGAGAGGAAGCUGGAGUUCAUGUAAAUAUUUUGUUUAGAUAUAAAACCAUUUUUUUUCAGACAUUUCUGAACUUCAAAACAUGCAGGCCAAAAAUCUGCUUUAUUUCUUAAUGAAACACACCUGUCUUAUUUAUUCUGCUGAUGUCCAUGGCCACUUUCUCAAAGACUGUCAUGUCAUCUCCUUAUGUAGCUGUAAGUCAUUUUUAAUUGUAUUGUGCUAUUUGUAGUUUUCUUUUCUGUUUCUCUUUUCUUCUUUUUUUUGGUUUGUGUUUUGAUUUCUCCGCUCCCUUUUGUAUCUUCAUUUUAUUUUACUUCAUUUUUUGUUAAAUCUUGAUCUUUUUAGGGAGCCUCUUUAACAUCUGGCAAGGGACUACGAUGUAAACUAGCCUUUUGGCUAAUUCUGGCAUAUGUACAAAAAUGUUAAUUAAUAUGCACGGUCCUUUUAAAUGAAAAAAUAAAUAAAGGUGCUGUAAAUUGCUUUCAUUCCAUUUUUGAGUGGAAUGUAUCUCUUUUGUAUUUUUUCAUUUCAUGUUCUGCUGUUUUGUCAAGGAUAAUAAAAGUCUGACACCAUAA